CAGACCGAAGCCAUUUUAUUAUUUUAACAGCAAAGGUGCAGGUGCACCGAAAAUUGUUGCCCAAAAUAAUAAUAAUUAAAUAGUUAUUGAUUCAAGCGCUCGCGUUACAAUGGGACAGUGCGGGAUUACGUCGUCCAAAACCGUUCUGGUUUUCCUCAAUCUCAUAUUUUGGGCUGCUGCUGGAAUCCUGUGCUACAUCGGAGCUUAUGUGUUCAUCACAUAUGACGACUAUGACCACUUCUUUGAGGAUGUGUACACUCUGAUUCCAGCCGUGGUGAUCAUAGCUGUAGGGACUCUGCUGUUCAUCAUAGGUGUGAUUGGCUGCUGUGCAACAAUACGUGAGAGCUCCUGUGGCUUGGCAACGUUUGCUGCGAUCCUUCUGCUGGUGUUUGUGACAGAGUGUGUGGUGGUUGUUCUCGGCUACAUUUACAGGGCGAAGGUAGAAGAUGAGGUGAAUCACUCCAUCCAGAAGGUUUACAAUGAGUACAGCGGCCCCAACACGGAUGCUCCCAGUCGGGCUAUUGACUAUGUGCAGAGGCAGCUUCACUGCUGUGGUAUCCACAACUACUCUGACUGGAGAAACACACGCUGGUUUAAGGAGUCUAAGAACAACAGUGUCCCAGUGAGCUGUUGCCAGCCUAACAUCAACAACUGCACCGGCACUCUGACCCGACCAGCUGAUCUCUACCAAGAGGGCUGUGAAGCACUUGUGGUGAAGAAACUGAAGGAGAUCAUGAUGUAUGUCAUAUGGGCAGCAUUAACUUUUGCAUCAAUACAGAUGCUGGGCAUGCUCUGUGCCUGUGUGGUGCUGUGCAGGAGGAGUCACGAUCCGGCCUACGAGCUGCUGGUUACCACUAACAGCUACGCUUGAAGGACACAGCCCAACCGCUCUCAGUAAAACAAAACAAAACAAAAAAAAUGUCCAGGAGCUUCACCAGACAUGUUCACACUAGAUUCAGCCGUAGCUCAAGCACACCUUGCACAGCUCAUAAAACUGGCGGUGAGGUUUCAGUGGGUGAUAGUUUCAAAAGGAAAAGUGGUUAUUUAUUAACACGCUCUCUGAGUUGCCGUUUUGUCUUAGUCUUUUGUAUAUAAGCCAAAGCUGUAAAUGGCUGAUAAUUCAAAUUCAUGUUGCAGAUAUUUUACUUGUGUUGAAAUUUCUGUUUAUUCAAUGAUGAUGAUGAUGAAGAGCUCUUUGAGCUCAUCUAUGAAGAUAAUGAUUAUGAGUAUUGUAAGGGAUGUUUGCACAAUGAUCGGAACCCUUGAGACACUUAGUUAUUUAGUUGCAUAAGCUAUUUCUCGACUUCUAUAACCAUACAGUAACUGUUUAAAAUCAUUGACUAUAAGUAAUAUUAAAAGCAAAGUGAUUUUUUUUGUUUGUUUUUAUCUGUUGUGUUGCAGCUAGGUAUCCUUAUUUGUUCUCAGAUAUUUAGGUUGUAGCUAUCGUAUUUUCUGUUUGGGUGUAGAUGUUCUCUGAAUCAGGCUUCACUAGUGAGCCAUUGCCAGUAUAAACUGCAGUGCCAUUUGUACCAUUCAUCAGCAGUGUUACAUAAACGCUUCAGUGUGCAUUCAGCUUGUUAAAUUCACAGGAUGACUUCAGUUUGUUUUCCUAGUUAGAAACCUGAUGCGAAGAACUAUGAAAUGUUAUUUUAUACCAUGUUUGUGACGUUGUGUACUGUUAUUUUUUUGGGCUGCUAAGUUGAUCCCGUAGAUAUGACUAGUGCUACAAGAGAAAUGUGAGGCACUUAAAAGUUGUGUUUGACUUGAGAACACACUAGAAACAAAUAAAUUCAAAUAUUUAA